CAUAAGCGAGCAUUGCUAGCGAACGGACGCCAACGCGCUUAGGCCCAAGUCCAGCUACAAGAUACAAAUAAGAUAAGAUACAAAGGGAAUUCUGAAUUCAUGAUCCAGGAGCUGCAGCAGCAAAGGCCAACACUAGUUUUUAAGUGCCGCGGCUGAAAAGAUCAUUUGAAAUAUUUCAAGCAAAGUGUAAUAAAUGUGUUAACAGAAAACGAACGCAGUUAAAAGUAAAAGCAAAAGUAAACGUAAACGUAAACGUAAAAGAAACAGUAAGAAACUUAAAGACUCGCAGAGAAUAUAUAUUUAUGUCCCCCGAAGUAUCCAAACACAAACUGUUAUUAUGAAGGACUUUGGCAAAAUGUUUGCGCGACGUUAUAGUGCAGUUUGUGUGAGCGAUGAAGAGGCCACCGCCAACGCCAGCGCCAACGGCAACGGCCACCAGCAAUCGAUGUCGAUGAUGCCAACAGGAUCCAGCAUGUGUGCCUUGCCUGAAGCGGAUCCUGUCGCCGCCUCGGCCGCUCUAGCCGCUCUGCAGAGGGCCCAGCGCCGAAAGAGCCUCAAGGCGAAUCGCUCGAUGAAGCCGAUGGACAUCCUGGGCAGCUUCUUCAACGAGCCAAACCAAGGCAAACGCAAUCGAGUUCCCACACGCGCAUUUCUGCUUCUAGCGAUUGGUUUUUUGGCCAUAACAACGGCGGUGCUGGUUAAAGUAUUUCAACCCUACGAUUUGAUAUUCAAAUGGAAGUUGAUAAUGGCUGACAAGGGCGAAAUCUUCAAUCUUUGGGCCCAGCCACCAGUCGAUUUGUAUAUAAAAAUCUAUCUCUUCAAUAUAACCAAUGCCGAGGCGUUUCUAGCGGGCCGCGAACAGCUCAAGGUGGAGCAGGUUGGUCCAUAUGUGUACAAGGAGAUUAUGACUCACGAGAACAUCACGUUCAAUGAGAACAAUACCAUGUCGACAACUCCCAGUCAUCCUUUGGUCUGGCAGGAGCAUAUGUCCGAAGGUCGUCGAGAGGAUGAUAAGGUGAUAAUGCUCAAUAUUGCCAUGCUGGCCAUCUCACACCUGACUGCCAAUCAUCCGUUCUGGGUUCGAGUGCCCCUGCAGGCCCUCUUUAAGAGCACUCAGGCAGAGCCCAUCGUUCGGACCACUGCCAAAGAAUUCAUGUUUGGAUAUCCCUCAGCAUUGGCCAGGCUUGGCAAUACCUUCCUCCCCAACUGGAUAUCCUUUGAGAAGGUUGGGCUCAUCGAUCGCAUGUACGAUUUCUCCACGGACUUUGAGACGUUCUACACGGGCGUGCCAAAUCCGGCACUAUCCGGCUUAUAUGCCACCUAUCGCGGGGAAACCACUCUGCCCCAAUGGCAGGGCGAUCACUGCAGCAACAUCGAGUAUGCCUCAGAUGGCACCAAGUUCAAGAGCUUUAUUGCCCCCAAUGAGACGAUAAAGUUCUUCAGAAAGAGCAUGUGCAGGCCCAUCAAUUUGUAUCGUGUGGGCGAGCAGCGAACGUUUGGCAGUCUGAAGGGCUAUAACUACGUCUUCGAGGAUAAUGCCUUUGACAACGGGGCUACUAAUGAGGCCAACAAGUGUUUCUGCCGCAAAGGUGACUGCCAGCCGGUGGGACUCAUUGACGUCACUGACUGCUACUACGGCUUCCCAAUCUCCCUGAGCUUCCCCCACUUCAUGAAUGGUGAUGUGGGGCUGCAGCAGAAUAUUACCGGCAUGAAUCCUGAUCCGGCCCAGCACUCGUCGGCGUUUGUCAUACAACCGGAAUCCGGUCUACCGCUAUCGCUGUCCGUGAAAGUGCAGAUCAACAUGCAUUUCAAGGAUCUGACCAAUUUCGAUGCAGUCGCCAAGUUCAGCCACCUGACUGCACCGAUGCUGUGGUUCGAAAUUAUGAUGCCCAGCCUGCCGGACUCACUGGACUCGCGAUUCAAUUUUUAUCUGAAUAUCUUGCCGCUCGUCAAUCCUCUGGGCUUUUGGAUUGCUCUAAUUGUGGGAGUGGGGCUCUUAGGCUACGCCAUUACGAGGGCCACCCUCCACAUGUCCAGCUAUGCCCGCCAGGCAACCAAUAUCUCUGAGGGAAAAAAUGCCCGAGCGAAUCUUCUUCAAAAUCUAACGGGAGGUGCCACCAAUCAGGUGUACAGUCCCUGCGAACUCAAGUUGAUAGACAAUUUGGCGGGUGCCAACAAGCAGCAUGUGAUCGGACGAUCCACGGACGAGGACUUGACCUUCCAGCAGCGUCGUCGUAAGUCGGCAUACGUUCUGGAAAUGGAGCCUGCCCUGUCAGACGCAGGAGAGAGCAGCGACGAGGGCAACGAAUGCGAUACCCUCACCUUGAGCCGCAACUCCACGACGUCCAGCUCUUGCAUAGAAGCCGAGCACUGCAAUGGAGAAGAUGACAUCUGCAUAGAGUGCUUCGACGAAAACCCUCUGGAUUCAGAGUUGGCCGGCAGCAGUGCGGGCGGAGCCGAAGCCAAGCAUCAAUUGGCCGUCAGCUUUGUCAGCAGCGGAUUCGCCAGCUCGCCCUCCUCUGUUCAAAGUUCCAGCUCCCAUGUGAACGUGGACAGCAGCGAUGGGAAAGGCUGGAUGCCCUACGCACAUCCCCAUCAGUUUGGGGGAACAGACCCCAAACACGUUUAGAAUUCUGAGUUAGCUGGUAGAUUAUGUUGUCGGUAGUUUUAAGUUCAUCGUAGCGUCGUAGUUUGGGCAUAUUGGGCAUCAACAUCGCUGUUUUGGUUUUAUAUAGCAUUUUAUUUAGUGUAAAUAAUAUAAAAGCCAAGUUGCUGUUUUAAUACUGUGAUAGCUUUAGAAAACAAAAAAAUAAAACGAUAGUCGUUGUCCAAAUUAUCCAAGAAGAACAGAACCCAUGCAUCCUAUGUGAAUAGCCAGCUCCAGAUACCAUUGUUAAAAUUAGCAGGGGUAUGGUAUGGCAAUGUUUAUGUACAUAUACAAAAUUGUAGUCUUAGCCGUAGUCGCCUCCAUGAGGCGACAACCCUAAUUUGAGUUUAACUAUGAAUUAAAGCAAAUUAUAACCUAAACAUCAGUUAGUUAAUUGCAACGUGUUGUACUCGAGUUGCUCAAAAUUGCUGUGAUGUUGUAUUGAAGCAGAAUUUAAUAAGCAGGACUGAACGUUUUGCUGUAGAAUUGUAGUUGUCUUAGUUUUUAGUAAUAUAAUACUAAUAAUAAAAGCGACAUUUUAUUUAAAGAUAAA